ACAUCCCGAUGCCCAUCCUCUACGGUGUGUUCCUGUUUAUGGGUAUCGCGUCUCUUAAGGGGAUGCAACUCGUCAACCGCAUCAUGAUCCUUUUUAUGCCCAUGAAAUAUCAGCCUGACUACAUCUACCUGCGUAACGUCCGCAUACGCAGGGUCCAUUUCUUUACAUUCAUUCAGGUUGCGUGCCUGGCGUUGCUGUGGGUUAUCAAGGAAGUGAAAAGCAUAUCUAUUUUGUUCCCUAUCAUGGUGUUGGCAAUGUGUUUCAUCCGAAAGGCACUCGACUGGGUGUUUACUCAGAACGAGCUCAAGUUGCUCGAUGACAUUAUGCCGGAGAUCAGCCUGCGUGAGAAAGACGACAAGAAGAAGGAGGAGGAGGCCGUGCUGAGACAGGAAGAGGAGUGUGAGACCUUGUUGGACCCCAAGAACGCUGCGCCUGGACAAGAAAACUUUGCACCCAAGGCCUCCAUCAUGAACUUUGCAAUCAAUGGAGGCACGGACAGUUUUGUCAAUGAAAUGAAUAUAUCCGAAGAGAUUGCAAAGAACUCGAUAUGGAAGAAUAUUCAGUCCGGAGAACGUCAGAACAAUAGUGAUUCAUCCUUGAAUAUGAACUCCAGCAGUAAAAGGAAGCACAAGAAGAGGCAUAAAAAAGACGGCAACGGUUUCCACGGCACUGGGCUGGCCCCGAUACCCAGCUCUCCAACUGAGAAAUCCCCCGGAGGAGGGGGGAACGGGAAAUCAAAGAAAGGGGUCGCCUUUUACAUAGAGGAAGAGGAUAGUGACAAGGAUGAGAAAUCAAGAUGCAUGCAUAUACCAGAGAUAAUGGUGGAUCCACCGAGCUAUUCCUCUAUAGAUAGUGCUAUCUCGAAGGCUAAAUACUAAAAAUUGUAAGGCUAAAUUGUAUGGAUUUAAGAUAAUUGUAAGUCACAGCUCUAAGAAUAAUAAGAUAAUUGCUAGGCAAAAUUCUGAGGACCUUAAAAUUAUUUUUUUAUUAUUGAUAUCUGUGUCCAUAUACCGGAGAUACUUGUAGAUCUGCCGAGCUAUUCCUGUAUAGAAAGUUCAAACUCUAAGGCAAAGUUCUAAGAAUGUUCAUGUUAUUGUGAGGCAAAGAAUUUUAAGAUAAUAUUAAGGAAGAAUUCUCAGAUAAUUAUAUAAAAAUAAUUGUAUGAUAAUUGAUAUAUGUGCUAAUGUUUGUCUCAAGGCAAAAUGUAUAAAGUUAACUCAAGAGCAUUUUUUUCUUAGAAUUUUAAGAUCAUUGGUCUAUUAAAAUGUUUUCAUUUCAAGAAUUUGAGACGCCUACGCAUAGAUUUUAUGCUGUCUACCUAGCGCUUUGGAGGUCAAGAGUUCGAUACUCCCUGUUGGGGAGUUCUUUAGAUUUCCACUAUAUACACUCAAAUCUGGUUCUAUCCAGGAAACAGACUCGCGAGCGUUUCAGAUAAGCCUAAGGCUUUUGAUGCAAUCCAGCUGAAAUAAAUAUGUUUAAAGAAAGUGAAGUGGAAUCAGUUUCACUUUAUUUUUUAAUUUUCAACAGGAAUGCUGUUGGUGCAGUGUAUAGAGACAUUGUAUUAGAUGUGGUUUGAAGUUGAUCACUAGAUUGCAGUAUAUGCAUAUUAGUAUUUAGAAGGGAGAUUCAAGAUUCUUGAAAAUAUGAAAUAUUCAUUCCAUUUCAUGUAAAUUUGAAUCAUUCUGUUGUGGCGUUCUUUAAACUCUAAAGAUAACUUUCAUUAGUUGUAGAUUAUCGUCUUUGGUAGCGAAACGUAUAAUAACUGUGUGGUUUUUAAAAAUGUGUGUAUUUCAAAUCAAAAUUAAUCUUAAAAUGUUCCUGGAAAAUAACCUUAUACAGAUGUGUAUUGUUUCAGUAUCCAUACAUAAAUGUAUGAAUUCCAUACAUUUCUGAAUUCCAUCUGAAAAAAUCCAAAAAAUGUACGUACGUAUUCAUGUAACUUUAUCAUAUAUCUUCAUUUUGCAGAUAUGUUCCAAAUGAAAAAGAGGGUUCAUUUGACUGCAAUGUCCACGAUUGAAAAUGCCAAAGUUCCUGAAAUCGAAAUAAUAUGUGGUUCAUUUGUCAUGAGAAAUUAUGUCUGUUUUGCUGUGUAUACUAUUUAUACAUAUUGUUCAAUGCAUUGACUUCUAUGAUCAUGAUUAUUUAUACGUAAUGUUGUUUUUUAGGUGAUUGAAAUGCAAUAUGUGAACAAGUUAUUCAAUUGCGAUUUCUUUUCUGUUAAAAAGAAGCGUGGCUGUUGUUUUUUGAUGUUGGAAAUAUUCAUGAUUGCUUGUUGAUGUUUAAUUUAUGUUGAUUAUAUUCAAGGAUUAAAUUAUUACAAUAUUUCCAUGGCGUGGUGUUUUAGUCAGAAUAAAGUGAUUUAAUUAUUAAUAGCGAUUUAAUUAUUUAUAUUGAUAAUACUAUAUUAUGUUUUUGACCUGAUUACAUUUUUAUCUAUUUCAAUGCAACUUGUGAAUGAAAAUGUGUAGAUGUACUAGUGUGUAUGUGACAAUUUUAUAGUCCUACAAACAUUAUCAAUUAAAAACAAUUAAGUCUCAACAUUUGAUCAUUAAAUAAAACUGAAGUUAGGAUUUCUCUAAGACUCUAUACAACUUUUAAAGUGUGUAAGUUGUCAAUUGUGUGCCAUACAGGUGUGCUAGAAAUUGUAGUACACGUGAUGUUGAUAGUUUUGGUUGUUUAACAUUAAUGUAGACAUGUAUGUGUACUUAGUACCUGUGUGCAUGAGGUGAAAUAUAAAAAAAUUCUUUUCAUCAAAGUAUUGAGAUGUGAAAACACGUUACAAAAGUUUAGGUUUUGAUUUAAAAAAAGAUUGAUGUAUGAAAUAAAAGACUUAAUUUUUUGUUAUUUAGAAAUGUGUUUAUUAGUUAUUGAUUCUUUUUAGUUGCUUCUUUAUAUUCUGAAAUUUUAUUUGAAUUUUUCUUUUGUUAUUGUUAGCUUCUCUACACAUCUUGUUAAAAUUAUUGCGUUGGAUGUAAUUUUCUCUUGUUAGCUUUUGUAAUACAUCGGGACUUAAUUUUAAAGUUUUAGUAUGCUCUCCCAAAAUUUAUUUUGGGGUGAGCAUAUAGUUGCCGCUUCGUCCGUCCGUCCGUGUGUCCGUGAGUCCGUCAGUGCACAAUUUUUGUCCGGGCUAUUUCUCAGCAACUAAUGACCGGAAUUCAAUGAAACUUUAUGGGAAGCUUCACUAGCAAAAGGAGAUGUGCAUAUUAUCAGCGGGUUCUGGUCGUAUGACUAUUCACAGAGGCAUGGCCCUAUGACAUUUUCCAUUAACUGUACAUAUAGUGCAAUUCUUGUCCGGGCUAUUUCUCAGCAUCUAAUGACUAAUGACUGGAAUUCAAUGAAACUUUAUGGGAAGCUUCACUACCAAGAGGAGAUGUGCAUAUUAUCAGCGGUUCUGGUCGGAUGAUUUUUCACAGAGUUAUGUCUCUUUGAAAUUUUCCAUUAACUGUACAUAUAGUGCAAUUCUUGUCCGGGCUAUUUCUCAGCAACUAAUGGCCGGAAUUCAAUGAAACUUUAUGGGAAGCUUCACUACCAAGAGGAGAUGUGCAUGUUAUCAGCGGGUUCUGGUCGGAUGAUUUUUUACAGAGUUAUGGCCCUUUGAAAUUUUCCAUUAACUGUACAUAUAGUGCAAUUCUUGUCCGGGCUAUUUCUCAGCAACUCAUGACCGGAUUUCAAUGUAACUUUUUGGGAAGCUUCACUACCAAGAGGAGAUGUGCAUAUUAUUAGCGAGUUCUGGUCCGAUGAUUUUUCUUAGAGUUAUUGCCCUUUGAAAUUUUCUAUAAAAAAUUAUUGUCCCCCCAACUACUGUGCCCUCAAGACGUUUCCUUUUAUCUGAAUAUUUAGUGCAAUAUUGUGACCAAAAAACUUUUGGGGAGCAUCACCCGUCACCGACGGUUUCUUGUUUAUUAUAGUGUCAAGUACUUUAAAGGGGGAGGGGGGGUCGGAACAUUGCACUGUUUUAUAUCCUUAAUAUUUCCGUAUUAAAUGCAACGUUUGGUGUCUGAGCAAUCGGAAACAUACAUGUAUAUAAACUUAUUAAUAUAAUUAAAUGUGACUUAGUUCAGUUAUUUUCACUGUUAAUUGUGUUCUUAUUGUUACUUCCGUAUUAUAUCAUUAUUUAAGUGCUGUAUCAUUUUAAUUUACCAUCAUUUCCAGAUUCAAUCAUCACAAUUUAUUCGUUUCUAAAAUUAAGUGUUUUUUCAACAUUUGUUGAUUAUUUUAGGUAUGGAGUCGUUUGUAUUCAACUUACACUAUGGCAAUGCUUUUGUUAAUUGAGUUGACUUGUUUAUUUGUAAUUCUUGUAGUUUUCAAAUAUGUUAUUUCUAUACAAAGUUGCAGGUCAAAAUAUUUUUUUAUGUAAAAUACGCUCAUGAAAUCUAAGAAUCUUUAUUUCCUUGUUAUUCUCUUCCUAUAUGGUACAUUUCUUCGUUUAAGUCAUCUUGAAUUCACAUCGAGUCUACCAAUUUCUGUACUUACUCUGCUAUUGCCUAACAACCAUUAACUUCUCAGUCUUAAGCGGCACGUUCUUGGAAAACGGGGCUUAAUGCGUAUGCUUACCUGGGACAAAGUUUUGCGCAUGAAUACAGCCCGCUAUUUCUCCUCAGAUGCUGAUUUUUGUCUUGUUUUUCUCCUUCCAUUCUUGUUCUAGAAAUCCCUGUAUGGGGCAUAGUCUAACAUUUCUGAAAUAAUAACACAUUAAAUGUUUAGCAGUUGAUGUAGAAAUGUUGCAUUUGUUAAGUAAUGUUAUGUUCUUGGAGUGGAAACGUUAGUUCUGUUGUUUGCUUCAUUUUUCUUCAUACAAUUAUUUUCCCAGAUUUCAUGAUAAACAAUGAUUGUCUUCAUUUUAAUGUAAUAAUUGAAUAUAAUUUUUAAGACGCCAUUGUUAUUGAAGCAAUAUGAGAAUGCAAUACCCAUGUGUUUUGUGUGCGCAUCUUUUUCAUGAACAUUGAAGACUUACUUAUAAGAUCACAGAGGUCUGUUUUGGUUCGUUAGAGGUCAAUCUUUAUCAAUUCUGCAUUGAAUCAAAAGCAACAUUGAUUAUGAAACACGCUAUACAUCUGAAUACAAAGAAGAACAGAAUUGUUGUUUUAUUGUUAUCCCCGCCGAAAAAAAUUUGGAGGGGAUAUAGUAAUUGCUCCUGUCCGUUAGUCUGUCAGUCCGAAACUUUGUCCGGAGCAUAACUCCAAAUCUAUUCAAUGGAUUUACUUUAAACUUAGAAUAUAAACAGAUGGCAACUAGAAGAAGUGCAGUAACCAAGAACCAUAACUCUAUCUACCUUAGUUUUUUAAUGAUCUCCCCUUUUAUAUAACUUAAAGUAAAUUUUUGUCCGGAGCAUAACUCUAAAUAUAACUUUACUUGAAACUUAAAAUAUAAACAAAUGGCAACUAGGAGAAGUUCAGUGACCAAGAACCAUAACUCUAUCUACCUUAGUUUUUUAAUUAUCACCCCUUUUAUAUAAUUUUAAAGUACAUUUUGGUCCGGAGCAUAACUCUAAAUCUACUGAAAAGAUUUACUUGAAACUUGAAAUAUAAAUAGAUGGCAAGUAGGAGAAGUGCAGUGACUAAGAACCAUAACUCUAUAUACCUUAGUGUUUGAAUUAUCUCCCUUUAUUUAAUUUCAAAGUAUAUUUUUGUCCGGAGCAUAAUGAAUUAUCUCCCUUUAUUUGUUUUUACAAAUAGUAUUCUACUCUCUAAAACAAAUGUUGUCAUACAAGCAAACACAUUUCGGCAGGGGAUCUGGCACUACUGUGACAAGCUCUGUGACAAUUUCUUGUUUAUAUGAAGAAAUAGUAAAUAUAAUACUUGUGCUUGCAUAAUUUAUUUACCAAUUGUGCAUGUUGUUCUGAUGUUUGCAAUAAUUCUUUGUCUCAUCAAGUUUGUUUUGUUUUGAAAAAUCCUUAAACCUUGUAAUGUAAAACACAGUAUUAAGUGAUUUUCUAUUUAUGUACACAAUUAUUCCUAGUAUAUACGAUUUUAAGCCCAAGCUAAACAGGUUUUACAACUGAAUGAGCAGCCAUUUUAGUCUAGAUUAUGUUAUUUAACUAUGUGUGUUUUAUCUUGUUUAUUCAUAUUUUAUUAUCUUGUAUUGUUCUGCUUUUCCCAGGUGCACGCAUUGCAUAAUAUUUUACAGUGUUUACAAAGAAUUCCAUUAACGCUUAAAAAUCACAGUUGUUUUCUUUUAAAGCUUUACUAUUUUAUUUUUUUGUAUGGACUUUCAUUUGUCAUUAUUUAUUUUAUGUUUUAUUGCUUCUUCAUGUGCUGUUUUAUUGUUGCCAAUAUUGCUAUUUAUUUAACAAUACUUUGUUUUAUCUGUACGUAACUACAAAAAUGUUUUAAUAUUUUAUAACUGGAGGCUUCGACUUUUGUUUGACCUCAUUUUGAUUUUAUUUGAAUAUUUUUAAUUCAUAACAUAUUAUUACACGUAAUGUAUCUGAACAUUGAUUGUUCUUCAAGUUUGUUUAUGUUUUGUAUUUUUCCCGAUGUUACUUGCAGUGAAUUAUUUUUGGGGUUAAACAGUCAUCACUUAACAAUGUACUGUUUUUAAAACUUUAUUUUCGUGAAAAAAGCUUAAUGUUAGUUUUUUGUACAAACUUAUGCGUACAUUCAAAAUACUUAACUUUAAUUCAGCAGUUUUAUUUUUUGGACUGUUUUUUCUUUCAGACCAAAUUAUGUUUUGAAUUGUUAAGCUCACACAGUGCUCGUGCUGUGCUAUAAUGGUCACCCUAUCUCGGAUGUCGUGUGUUGUGCGUUGUGAGUAGUGUAUCAUACAACUUUUAGACUUGCCUCUCUGAAGGCCAUAUAAUAUUCAAUCUUGAAGAAACUCGGUCAGAAUGUAUAUAAUGACAAUAUCUAGAGUUAAAAUCUAGGCCAUGUGUGUCCAAACAUAAGGUCGCUUUGUAAGAAAAACAUUUUUAACUCUCUAAAGCCCACAUUUAUUAUUCAUUGUUGAUGGAAUAUGAUCAGAAUAUUUGUCAUCAACAUGAUCAGAAUAUUUGUCUUCACAAUAUUAACGCCAAGUUAGAAUCAGAGUCUCAUGCGUCAAAAAACUAGAUCACAUGCUUUCCCAAACUAGGUCACAUGUUCAGAUCUAGAAAAACAUUGAUGCCUCUUUGGACGCCAAAUGUAUUACUCAAUCUUAAUGAAACUUUGUCAAGAUAUUUAGCUUGACAAUGGCAAGGCCAUUUUUGAUCAACAAACUAGGUCAACGUGUCAGUAUUUGUUGUGACUUAAGCAAUUUGGAUCAUGAUUGCCCUCUUGUUAAAUUGCUAUCACAGUUGUUCGUAUGUUUGUAUACACAAAUGACUUACGAAAUGUAGUGUUGGGUCAUCAUUGCCCUCUUGAUAAAUUGCUAUCACAGUUGUUGGUAUUUUUGUAAACACAAAUGACUUACAAAAUGUAAUGUUGCCUCAGUACUCUGAAAUAUCCUAAAAAACGUUAUGUUGCCUUAAUGAUGACCUUUCAAAUCGUAUCAAUGAGCAAUUAAAUACAGUUUAAACUGUCAUGAAUACAGUUAACAUUGAAAUUUUUCUGAAUACGGUUAACAUUGUAAUUUUUCUUAUUGUGCAAAGAUAUGUUUGCAGAAAUCCUGGUUUACACUCAUACACAUUCUGUAAAUAGGACAUGUAAUGCAUACACAGUAAAGAAAACAUUAGAAUCCUGAAAUUACGCAACAAAUUUUCUAUAUUUAGCGUAAAUAAUGUUCUUUUAAGUGGUGGCCAUUUGAUGUGGUUUUAGUAAGUCCAUUUAUUAUCUUGUUAUGUGCAAGGCUGUCUAGUAUUGUUAAGGUAAUAUGUGGACGUAAUGGUGUAAAUGGUUUUAUUCAGAAGUUUAACUGAUUUUUCUAAAUAUUUUCACAACAAACAGGAAAAUAAAUUGCUAAUUAGAUUUGUCAUCUUUUAGUACUUCCUUUAGUAACAUUUCUAUUCUGCAGAACAUUAUAAGCUUUUUAACUGUUCACAUAAUGUAAGGGUCCGUAAAUUAUCGAAAUUUGAAGGCGUGUCAGUGGGUGUAAUAGUGCAUAACGACCCAACAGUGUUUGCGUCAUUUAGAAUCAGUUUGUUUAUGAUACAUUAUGUAGAUUCAGUUUAUUGAUGGUAAUUCAUGUAGACUCAGUUUGUUAAAGGUACUAUGUGCCCAUGUGUCUUGUGUUUUGUUGAAUAAAAGUGUACACUAGAAAAA